UGCCUUCAUAGCUACCUUUUUCUUAUUGCUUUCCUUUUCCGUGAAAUUCUUGCUUACUUCGUAACUAGUGUUGCGUGUUUCAUGUUUAAUUUAUCCUAUAUCACUGAAAGGGUUCAAUCUGUUCAUUUUGUUUAGCAAAUGGAUCAAGAAUGGCGUAGAUUUGGUCUUUAAGCGGUUCUAGAUGUUUUUCUAUACAAAUAUUUCCUUAUCUUCUUACAAUCAAUUUGAAUCUCAGGCUUUGGCCUUUGGGUAACUUUUAUUUGUCCAUGGUCAUCAUGUAUAGGUUCACAAUGUAAUUUGAACUUUUCUCCCUUAUUUCUUUCAGUUCCACAAGUUAUGUUGAUUGUUAAACCUUGUAUAGAGAAAGACACACAGGGAGAGCAUUGAUUCCACGAUAAACUUGCUACAGGCAGAAAUGGAACCAAUUACAACUUUACAAGCAUAAUGGGUUUGAUGGCUGUUUGGAGGACAAAAAAUCUAGGCAAGAGUCUUCCACUAACAAGGUUUCUUCAUGCCUUGAAAGAUAAUCAAUCAGGCCAAAUUUUAAUGUCUCCACCUCUUGCAUCUUUGGACCUUCCUGACAUCUGGACUCCUUCUUCACGUCGGAGUAUUCCAGCAAUACAUAAAAGCUUUAAUGAGCAGACUGCUGUAGUAUUGGAUGGAAAGUUGAUAUCCAUGGAAAUCAGAUCAAAAAUAGCGGCUAAGGUGAGACAAAUGAAGAAAUGCCUAGGAAAAGUUCCUGGAUUAGCUGUAAUUUUAGUGGGCGAACGAAGGGAUUCUCAAACUUAUGUUCGCAACAAGAUAAUGGCCUGUGAAGAAGUUGGAUUCAAGUCUUUGGUGACUGAAUUACCCGCUGAUUGUGCAGAAACAGAUGUUCAAAAUGAAAUCAGGAGAUUUAACAGAGAUCCAUCCAUUCAUGGUAUUCUUGUGCAACUUCCUCUGCCACAAGUAAUUUCUGAAUCUAUGACUUUUUACAAAUAA